AAUAUUUUUUAAAAUAGCCCCAAUCCAAACAAGGGUGAAAUCUCCGAAGCGUCUGUCCGGUUUCCCAAGCAAACAGGGAACUCACGAAACCACAAACCCUCUCUUAUCGCCUUCUUCCUUCCUCCCACAAACUCAACCCUUAUACAAAUUCACCGACCACAGACAAGAUCCGGGGGUUAUUCCGGCAGCAUAGUUGGUUUCUAAUCAGGCUCACUAACAUUCUUGUGGGAUUCGAGUCCUAUGAUAUCAUCAAAAGCGCCAAUAGAGGUGAGGAGUGGUACAAAUGGACGGAACGUGGUCGGAACGUGAUCAGAACCUUAUAAGAAGAACAACCUUUAGCCGGAGGACGAUGGGGUGGAUAUGCGAGACUUUGAAGGAAGCUUCAAAAGUUAAGAGGAAUUAUGUGAAGAGAUGGAAACUUCAUGAUCACUCAUCAGAAGUUUUCUGUGCCAAAAACUUCAACAGAUAUGGCUCCUAUCUAUUGUUGAUGUGCUGUACUGCUUAUGCUGGAAGCAUGGUGAAAUCAGAAGGCAAAGUUGUGUAUUCUUCACUUGCUAAUUUGGAAAAGGACAAUGUGAAAUUUCAGUUUGUUGAAGACGAAGUUGAUGAAGAUUCAUUCGGGAGAUUCCCAGAAGCUUCCCAGUCUGCUGGGCAAAAUUAUCUCUGUGGGUACCCUUCGAUCGAAUCUGAUGAUGUAUUAGAUAGGGGAUAUGAUUCUGGUAAUGACCCAUAUAACUUCGUGCCACAAAAUCGUCCUCCUGAGGUCAAUUUAAAAAAUGUCUUGAGUGGGCUAGUUGCUAUUGUAACUGGGCAGAAUAAAGGUCAUGUUUCAGAUGCAGUUCCUCAGUUGCCUAGUUCUGAUGUUUCAUUUCUUGGAUCUAGUAAGAAUGGAGAUACUUUCUUGCACUCAUCAGUUUACAUACCAAGUGCUCCCCCACUAGUUGAACCAAGUGCGUUUAACUAUAGUGCUUACAAGGAUGUGUUGGAAGCUGAGCCUCCAGAGUGGCUCCCAGACAGUUCUACAACUGUUUGCAUGCAGUGCACUGCGCCUUUCACGGCCUUUACUCGUGGAAGACAUCAUUGUCGGUUUUGCGGAGGGGUUUUUUGUAGGACAUGUACAAAAGGGAGGUGCCUGUUGCCCAUGAUGUUUCGGGAGAAGAACCCCCAGAGAGUGUGUGAUUCCUGCUAUGAUAGGCUUGAUCCAGUGCAAGGCGUUCUCAUCAACACCAUCAGCAACGCUGUGCAGGCCGCAAAGCAUGAUGUUAUGGACUGGACUUGUACGAGAGGUUGGUUGAACCUUCCAGUGGGUUUAUCUAUGGAAUAUGAGAUAUACAAGUCAUCAAACACAUUGAGGACUUAUGCACAGGUUGCUCGGUUGAAUCCUGAGAGGUCCAUACCUGGUGCAGUUCUCAAAGGAGCUAAAGGUCUGGCAAUAUUAACGGUUGCUAAAGCUGGGGUGCUUCUUACUUAUAAACUUGGUACUGGCCUGGUGGUUGCACGAAGAUCUGAUGGUUCAUGGUCUGCACCAUCUGCUAUAAUAUCAGCCGGUUUGGGAUGGGGUGCGCAGAUUGGAGGCGAGUUGACGGACUUCAUUAUUGUGCUACAUGACUCUAAGGCUGUGAAGACAUUUUGCAGCCGUAUGCAUUUUUCUCUUGGUGCUGGUUGCAGUGCUGCAGCUGGUCCAGUUGGGAGAGCUGUGGAGGCAGAUCUUCGAGCUGGAGAGAGAGGUUCUGGCAUAUGCUAUACUUACAGUUGUAGUAAAGGUGCAUUUGUGGGAGUCUCGCUUGAGGGGAACAUCGUCACGACACGGAUGGAUACAAAUCUCCGAUUCUAUGGGGAUCCUUACCUUACUACAGCUGACAUCCUUCUUGGGACAGUGGAGAGACCCAAAGCUGGAGAACCCUUGUAUGCUGCACUCAGAGACCUAUAUGAAAGCUUUCCACUACGCUUGAAAGGAGUCCAUGAUUAAAAUGGUGAGAUGUGUUGGGUCUUGCAGUCCCUUGUUCAUACUAGAAGAAAUGUGAAGUAUUUGGUUUAAUAGGGUAGAGGAAUGUCCUUUUGAACCAGGAUAAUAGCUUCUCUCCCUUGUACAUAAACAAUAUACUUGUACAUAUAUACUGUUAUGAUUCUGAUAAUUUGGAGUUAAUUUUCAUGCUAUGGAUAUUUGUCAGAUA